AUGAGUGAUCGAAACACAAUUCCAAUAAUGUUGGAUUUAAGAAGAUGGACAGCUACUCUGUCCGGUGCUUCUUUACCGAAGAUUUCCAUUAGGAGUAUGCUAAAAAACCGGGAAAUAGGUCGACGUGGAGGGCCAACAAAUCGUCGUCUGUCGUUUAUGCCAAAUACAUCCAAUGCUUCUGAUUGGCCAAUAAGUUAUCAGACAUCGUCUACGUCAAAUACAUUUAACGCUUUCACACUGAGUGAGAAAGCCAACCUUGUUAAUAGAUUUCUUCCCAACAAAUGGAUAGAUAUCGAUCGGCUUGAUUCGACAUUAUUCCGUUGUAUACAUUUGCCUGAAGAGAAGCUUGUUUGUAUAGGCCAAGAAAAAAAUUUACGCCUUUAUGUCCGUCGACCACCAUACUAUCAAUUUGUCUAUGAAACUCAUAUUCCAGAUGAUGGAUUUAUUACUGAUCUUGCUUGUAGUACAAAAUGUGAUCAAUUGGCUUAUGUUACGUCUAAUGCAUGCGUAUUUUAUUGUUCUCUUAAUCAAAUUGACGAAGGAAUAUUGCGAUGGAAUAGAUUUCAACCGGAACAAGAAACAUUAAGCAGAAGGCGAGAGGAAUAUUUUUCUAUUAGUUAUACUAUGGAUGAUCAAUAUUUUGUAAUUGGAAAAACAGACGGUAAUAUAAUCAUCGUUGGAACAGAUGAAUCCACCUAUUAUUCGUUUGUGGCUCACGAUAAUGACAUUAAAGCAAUUUGCUGCUCUAAAGCUAAUCCAAGCAUUUUUUAUAGUGGAUGUAAUGAUGGUUUUUGCAAGAUGUGGGAUUACCGUACCUCAAAUAAAUGCAUUCCUCUUGCAACAUCCUCUGGAAAUAAUUAUGCUAUUACACAUAUCGACAGUGAUAGCUAUGACAGAUAUAUUGUGACAACUUCUGGUGGAGUAAAAUUUGAUAUUUGGGAUGUACGACGAUUUUCAGAGAACAUCUCAUUUAAUGUGCAACAGCGGAAAAAGACAAAUUUAUUGGAGGAAAUUUCAUAUUUCGAUAGAGCAAUGACAGCCGAAAAAGAUAAUCUGUCGGCAGUUUUCUGGCAAGCUAAAUUUUCACCGCGGAAUACCGGACAUCGUUACGUUUAUUGUGGCAGCAAUAUUGGACGCAUUAGCUUUUUUGAUAUUAUAACUGGUGAAGUUGUUCGAGAAUUCACUAAAGAUUAUCGUGAAGUGUACGAUUGCAGUUGGCAUCCAAAUCAGAACGAAAUCAUUCAAAAUUGGCUUUGGAUAGCCUUUAGAUAA